GUGAGGGAGUGAGCAAAGCAGGAAGGAAGGCAAGGCAUUGAAUGCUAAAAAGGGGAGUUAAUGUUCAAGCAGUGCUUAAGGUGGGGGGGUUCAACAUCAAGCAAUGGAGAGGUACAAUUAACCUGAUAUGUGCCAAAUCACAGUUUACGUUGAUCGUCAUACUCAUCAUCGGCACUGCCAUCUUCAUCUUUUUUACUAAGUGAGAUGUAUCAAGUCUGCAUGGGAUCCUAAUACUGACAAUGGAGAUUGAAAAUAUCGUGGCCAACACUGUGCUACUGAAAGCCAGGGAAGGUGGUGGUGGGAAGAGGAAUGGCCGAAGUAAAAAGUGGAAGGAGAUGUUGAAGCUGCCGCAUAUCAGUCUUUGCGAGGAAUUGAGGCGAACAAUAGAGAGGGAUUAUUCCAGCCUUUGUGAAAAGCAGCCGAUUGGAAGACUUCUCUUUCGACAGUUCUGUGAUACCAGGCCAGAGUUGAAACGGUGCAUUGAGUUCUUAGACGCUGUGGUGGGGUAUGAAGUGACACCAGAUGAGAAGCGGAGAGACUGUGGGUUGAAUAUUUUAGACACGUACUUUAAUAAUGGGUCAGCAGCCCAUUUACCAGAAAUACCUCAGGAAGUUGUACGAGAUUGCCGUGAGAAACUGGACCAGAGUCCCUGUAAAGAACUCUUUAAAGAGUGCACUAGAAUUGUUCACGAAUAUCUCAGUGGAGCCCCCUUUUCUCAAUUUCAAGAUAGCAUGUAUUUUUCACGUUUCGUACAAUGGAAGUGGUUGGAGAGGCAACCUGUAACCAAAAAUACCUUCAGACAUUACAGAGUCCUGGGAAAGGGUGGAUUUGGAGAGGUUUGUGCUUGCCAAGUCCGAGCCACUGGUAAAAUGUACGCCUGUAAAAAGCUGGAAAAGAAAAGAGUAAAGAAGAGAAAAGGUGAAGCAAUGGCAUUAAACGAAAAACGCAUUUUAGAAAAAGUGAACAGUAGAUUUGUAGUUAGUUUAGCCUACGCCUAUGAGACCAAGGAUGCCCUUUGUUUAGUAUUAACGAUAAUGAAUGGUGGAGACUUGAAAUUCCAUAUUUACAACAUGGGAAACUCGGGCUUUGACGAACAGAGGGCCAUCUUCUAUGCGGCUGAGAUCUGCUGUGGGCUGGAGGACCUUCACCGAGAACGGAUAGUGUACAGGGAUUUGAAGCCGGAAAAUAUUCUUUUAGAUGAUCGUGGACAUAUCCGUAUUUCAGACCUGGGUUUAGCCGUCCAAAUCCCAGAAGGAGAAACGAUACGAGGGAGGGUGGGGACUGUAGGUUAUAUGGCUCCCGAGGUGAUCCAGAAUGAGAGCUACACGUUCAGUCCGGACUGGUGGGGGCUGGGCUGCCUGAUUUUCGAGAUGAUCCAGGGCCAGUCUCCGUUCCGCCGGCGCAAGGAGCGGGUCAAGCGGGAGGAGGUGGACCGGCGGGUGCGCGAGGACCCAGAGGAGUAUUCGGAGAAGUUCUCCGAGGAGGCCAAGGACAUCUGCAGAGCGCUGCUUGCUAAAGACCCCAAAGAAAGACUGGGUUGUCAGGGAGGAGGAGGGGCAGAAGUGAAGCAGCAUCGCAUAUUUAAAAACAUCAACUUCAAGCGACUAGAAGCCAACAUGUUGGAUCCUCCUUUUAUUCCUGACCCUCGAGCAGUCUAUUGCAAAGAUGUCCUGGAUAUUGAACAGUUCUCCACAGUUAAAGGAGUUAAUCUGGAUCCUACAGAUGAUGAUUUCUAUCACAAGUUUGUUACAGGCAGCGUCUCCAUCCCCUGGCAGAAUGAGAUGAUCGAGAUGGAAUGCUUCAAAGAAAUUAACGUGUAUGAGGCAGAUGGGACACUGUGUCCGGAUUUAGAUGUAAAUAGGCCGAAUCCGCCGCCAAAGAGAGGUUUCUUUUACAGACUCUUCAGUAGAGAGGUUUGUUUUAAGAGUGGCUACAGCGAUGACGAAGAGGAGCCGUACAGAAUUUAAACCACUCUGACAGCCAAAACAUCGCAAUCUUAACAAAAUGAAUGUUUUACUGUAUUUAUGAAUUGUAUUAAAAGUGUAUUAUAAUGAAAGAAAAAUGUAUGAGUUUAAAAAUUUUGUACAUUUGUACUUGAAUUAUGUCUAGAUGUAUAUUUUCACUAAAGGUUGUAUUGUACAAAAAGCCAUAUAAGUACCACUUGAAUGCAUACAUAUUUUUUCUUUGAAUGAAUAUGAAAAUAUGUAUUUAAAGAUUUUUUUAAAGAAGCACAGUUAUUGGUAUCUGUACUAGUGUUACCUUUUAUUUUUAAUAUAGCAUAGGGUUCCAUGUCUAAUGUUUUAUUCUUUUUUUUGGCCAACUUAUAGUAUUAGCACAUCUUUUUUUUUUCUUGAGCUGUAGAACCUCUUUCUGAAAAGGUAUUUCAUCCUAUGUAAGAAAUCUGUAAGGUACGUAUAAAAACACAAUUGUCAUUUUAUGGCUUGAGAAAGUGGAUGAGGGUACCUUAUGCUUUUUAAAGCUGUGUCAGAAUGGUCCGUCUUUUGUGAUUUAAAAUAGCCCAGCUGCUUAAAAAAGAUUUUGUACUGCAGUUGCUUCAGCUUUGGCAUGGUAAAGGCUUAUAUCGUCAAUUGAACUGUACACCUUUUUUCCUUUUCCAAAGAAGCACACCUUACCAGUUAGUUGAAGUAACCUACUGUUACAAUAUGGAAACAUUCCAUUCUUGGCCCAUACCCAUUAUUAAAAUCUGUAACAAUGACUCAAACAUUAUCCUGGACCUACUAGGCCAUUUGUCAACAUUUGCUGUUUUAGUAAGAUAGUUAUUAGGUCUUGUACAUUUUUUCUACCAUUGAGAGACUUGCAUGAUAGAAAUAUUCUAGGGAGAUUCAUGCUUGUCAUGUAUGUGUCUGAAUGACAUAGACAACAGAAGACUACAGUACAUCUUCCUAACUCUACAAAUUAUAUAAAUAGGCUAUCAUAUACUAUAUGUAUGCAGUGGUCUCAAGCCAAUGAAUAACAUUCCAAACUCUUGCCUGGAGACUGGGAAAACUUUAGGGAUUUCAUGGUGCCUAGCAAUCUCCAUGUCACUGUCAAUGAGUUACCUUGGUGUACCCGUGCCUUAAAGAAUAUAAAAUAAAGGGGGACUGACCUUGAAGUAAUCUGAGUUUUCACAACACUCUAUAAAUACUUGUCAUAGAAAAUGAAUGAGUGUCUUCAUCCAUUCUUCAUUUUCUUUUUUAUAAACUAGGCCAAGUCAUGUGAAGGCUGAAGGAGGUGAAAAUUAUGCAGCUUCCUCAUGGGUUUUUAAUGCAGUCUGUAUUUCUUCAUGAGUGUAUAUCAACAAUAUAGAAUUAAAAAAAUGUAGGUCUUCAGUAAUAGGUCAGAGGUUUCAAAGGCGUGUCACUCCUUUGCAACCCAAGCUAUCCACCAUUGCUGCUGUCCUGUCUUGCACUGGCCUAGAAGGAACGUGGCAUUAUUAAUGUUCUUUUGUUUGUGAGAGUGCAUUCUCAAUGAUAUCAAAAAGAAAGGUCCUUACAGUUCAUUUGCAUGUUAAAUUUCAAACUAAAAUACAUUCUGGAAGCAAAAGAAUCCCAGGGCGUUUUUUGAAAAGAGUAGGGGUGUAACCCUGGCGUCCUGGCCAAAUUUCCCAUUGGCCCUUACCAAU